AUGUCGGACAUCGAAGCUGGAGAUACUUCCGUGGCGGAACCCCUGGACUUGGUCCGCCUGUCAUUGGACGAGAUUGUGUUUGUCAAGCUGCGAGGAGAUCGGGAACUGAAAGGGCGGCUUCACGCUUACGAUAGCCACUGCAACCUGGUCCUCGGCGACGUGGAGGAGACAAUCUAUGUGGUUGAAGAGGAUGAGAACGAAGAAGAGACUGUCAAGACGAUAAGAAAACAAGAAGAAAUGCUAUUUGUUCGCGGUGACUCGGUUGUCCUUAUAUCCCCUCAGGCGUCGUAA